AUGUCUACCGCUGCGAGAUACAACGAAGACGAGCGAGCCGCCUUUGAGAAUGGCUACCGGGCUGCCAUUCAAGAUGUGCUAGUCAUGGUCGGUGCAGGUCUCUUUGGCAUGGCAUUCCUAACCGUGUGCCUGUCACCCAGUCUGUAUCACAAGGUUCGUGAGAAGGUCCGGCCUUGGGUGGUGGUGCAGGUUGAGCAGGAAAUGAGCGUUCGCGAGCUGCGACAGCAAGUCUUGGCCACGCUUGGGCUUGUUGAGGCCAGCUGCAAGGAGCCAAUGGCAGGAGUGCAGCACUGUCUUGCGAGCAAUCAGUUGGUUGCGGACCUACUGGGGCUGAAAGGAGACGUCCUAGCCCUGUCACAUGGACUUGGAAGCGCCAAGCUUCUACAACCAUGGUCCUUUGAUACAGAAGCGGUUCACCUGGGCACUUGUGCUAGCAGCUCACAAGCAGGAACAGAGGUCGUCGAGGUCGUCCCCGGCCUCGGGCCUGCCUGGCAUUGGGCUGUAGAAGCAAUCUCCUUCGUUGAAACCGAGCUUGGGCAAGGCUAUAUUUUGUUUGGCAAAGACUGA